ACUUCAUAUGAGUAGAAGAGACUAUUGAAAUGGAUGGAGAUGCUUACUAAUUACGUUUGCCAAGUUUCAUUAAAAUUCUUAAAUUACUAAACAAAUCAGUUUGCUCAUUGAAAUAAACAUAAAACAUAGGAUUUUUAAAGUGAUAUACGAUUUUAAUAGAAAUAUUCGAAAGCAGCUAGCUCUGCAUCAUGCGUGUGUCGAAAAAUAAGUUCUAAAUUUCUAAUAUUAAAAACUGCCAAACGAAUAUUAGCUUGCCGUUCAAUGUGUAUCUAAAUUAUUUAUUUUGACAAAUUCGCAAUAUGGGGGAACAGCCAAUUUUUUCCUGUAACGCUCAUGUGUUUCAUAUUGAUCCUAAAACGAAAAGGACAUGGAUAACAGCUAGCUCGAAAGCUAUAUCAGUUAGUUUUUUUUAUGAUUCAUCUAGAAAUUUAUACCGUAUUAUCAGCGUUGAAGGGAGUAAGGCGGUCAUAAAUUCAACGAUAACUCCGAACAUGACCUUUACACAAACGUCACAGAAAUUUGGUCAAUGGAGUGAUGUUCGAGCAAAUACAGUUUAUGGGUUAGGAUUCGCUUCGGAAGCAGAACUCGGAAAGUUUAUCGAAAAAUUUCAAGAAGUUAAAGAAGCGACAAAAAAUGCGUUAAAUAAAUCAUCAGCUAACGGCAAUUCCACUGUUACCUCGGCCAAUGCUUCUCCAGUUACUGCGCGAUCCUCAAUGUCUAAUAGUGACAGUUUUGAUCCGAAUACCAUUGAAGCCCCGAUUACUCCUGCUACUAAUGUGAGUAUGCCUAUAAAAACAGACAGUCCCUCACACCCAACGACCAACGAUGCUCUCAACAAUGUCAAUCCACUUAGUAGUGAUAUGAAACAAAUAUCUAUUAAUUCUUCAUCCGGCGAUGUCAUGACAACCACAACUACUGAACAGCAACUGAAAUAUGAAAAUGAACGGUUAAAACUAGCCUUAGCUCAAAGUUCUGCUAAUGCAAAAAAAUGGGAAGUAGAGUUAGCUACCUUGAAAAGUAACAAUAUUCGUUUAACGAGUGCUCUUCAGGAAUCGACGGCUAACGUGGACGAAUGGAAGCGUCAGUUACAUUCAUACAAGGAGGAAAGUCAACGUAUGAAAGCUCGUUAUCAGGAAUUGGAGGCCUCGAAAAGCGGUACUGUUGGCAGCAACAAUUGUGGGCCUAAUGUAGAAGGUACAGAAAUUACUGAUGAUCUUAGGCAUGAAAUUUCAUUACUAAAGAAUAGAAUCGAGGAUUUAGAAAAGGAAUUAAUGAAUCAAGAAGUUGAACUGAAGGCAGCGAAUAAAUGCUUGAAGGAAAGACAAAAUGAUUCAAUGAUCAAACAACUUACAUCAUUAUGCAAUCAGUUUGGAGUGAAUAUAAGCGAUCUAAGUGGGCUUCAAAAAGAAAUGGAAAAGGUUAUUCAGACCCAUCAUAAGACCACUUGAGAUUUAUACGUAAAGAAUAAUAUAUCUGAAAACACAUCUGAGAAAAACGUUUACAAAACCAGAUAUCUUGUGGAUGGUAAUAGCCAAAUCUUAUGUAAUAGUAAUUAUAACUCUAACAACAACGAUGAGAUUGGCACUAAAUUGGAUUACAAACUUCAUACACUUACUAAUACAUCCGGCAGUCACAGUAACACAUAUAAUCAAAUAGUUGCGACCAGUCCUACAAAGGAUACAAAAAAACGGACGCUUUCCAAUGCACCGAAAAGUAUGAUUCCUAAUAGAACUAACUCUGGUAUAGUUCUUAUUACCACCAAGUUGAAUCAGUCUGAUGAAAGUAAACUUAUUCAUUACAAUAAUAGCAGUAUUAGCAAUACUUUGAGUAAAACCAAUCUUGAAAUAUUCAAUACCGCUCAUAAAGCAAAAGAAGAUCCUUUUUUAUCACAAAAAAAAGCUGGUAUUGGAUUGGGUGAGCAACAACAGCAGUCGAAAACAGCGACCAUUUUGGUUUCAAAAACAAAAACAAAAACUGGACUACCGCUGUUGCUGAAAAAGUCCAAGUAGUACCAUAUAAAAUUUUAGCUAUGUAUGUAUAUUCAAACUCAGUUUUUUAUACUUGAUUUCUCUUUUGUAGGAUGUAAUAUAUUAAAAUCUCAUAUAGUAUUGGAUAGCAUUUAUUAUCACUUAUGAAAAUGGUGUAUAACAAAGCAUAGUAGAGGCGGAACGUUUUAAUAGAGUUUAAAAGUUGUAAGGAGGAAUAUAUUUAGAUAAAGUUGAAACCAUUUGAAUAAGACAAUUAUAUUUGACAUUUUCCAUAAAAACGAAACAAUUAUAAAAGUUUCAUUUUUUAUUAUAAGGAUAAUUAGGAAGUAUAUUUUACCAAAGAUUUGUUGUAAGAUUUUAUUUUUUCAAAUGAUAAACUGUAAUGACUCAAAUACUAGUAGUAUAUCGGAUAUAUUGCAAUAACAUGAUGUGUCAUGAGCCACCUGUGUAAUCUUACAGUUCGUUGCAAAUAAUAAUUCUGAAAAAAGGUUUUAUUUCAUCCUAGAUUCGUAACAGCACACAAAACUUGCGCAAAGCACUAGAAUCUGUAUUAUUUUAAAUGAUUUUUUUACGAAACUUACACUUCAUCGAAUAAAAAGCAAACGGUAACGAUUAUUAAAGCGUUUAGACACAUUUGAAGCAUGUAUUUAAAAAGUUUUCAUCUGUGAGAUAAAAACUUUCAUUUCUCAUACUCAUCAAGUAUUUAUAUUUAUAUUAACCGGAAGACGACUAAUAAACUAUUGUGUUAAAAUAAA